UGAACGUCGCUUCUUGGAUUUGCCUUCGCGAGCAUCGGACGCAUCGAAAAUUCCCCGUAGUCGGCGGCGUCGCUCUUUCGAAGAAAAGCCGCUCGGAGCCGCGGGCGGCGUGAGCGCGAUGCCCUCCGAGCGCAGUGACAGCAGCGGCGGACAUGGCCACCGGACUCCGGAUGCGGGCAAGAUGGUCACGCGCAGGUUCAUCUCGGACCCGGCCACACUCAACGAUUCCGACGCCAUAUCGAACACGAAACACGAGGAAUGGACGACGUCCAAGAAGGUGGUCAACCACAAGACCCGCCAGACGGAAACGAGGGUGCAGCGUCAGCUUGUCCUCGAGGAUGGCAAGGUGGUGGCGGACACUGGGCCACAGAUCACCACCCGCACUACCGUGGACAACAAGAUGGAGGAAAGCGAAGACACCCAGCACAAGAAGAGCGGCGACGACUCGGUCCCGGACGGCUACGUCCCGGUGCCGGGCUCCGAGCGGGUCGUGUGUGAGAAGACUGAGUCCCACCAGGUCAUGAAGGAGACCAAGGAGGAGAACAUGAAGAUGCACGACGAGAACUACAAGGAGCUCAGAGGACCCGAAGAGAUCCAUCGGAUGGCGGUCAUGGUCCCCAACGAGUCUCCGCUGGUGGGCAUCGGACGGUUCCCAGGGAAGCUGACCCACUACAGCAGUCGCUCCAAGAAGGUCACCGACAAAGACGAAGUCAAGGAGAUCUCCGAGAAGAAGAACGGAGAAGUCACCACGCAAACCACCAGAACGCAUCACCAUGAGGAGAUGGAUGACGAUGAGGUGCCAGAAGACGAAGCUGAAGGCAAGGACCUGCCUGCCGUCGAGAGAGAAACCAAGCGCAACUUCGAGUACUUGCACGACGGAGCAGACUUCAAGGUGCCCGACCGAAUGCGCAAGCAGAAGGAUCUGCUCUACCUGCAAGCCACAUCCCCCGAGAGGCACGACCCAGUCACACGCAAGGCCCUCAGCGUCGAGGAGGAGGAGGAGAUCCGCAACAGUGUGACCAACCGCUGGCUGGAGGACCACUUCGGGUCUGACACCUCGGACGAGGACGCCCAGAGGCCCAAGCACGGUGGGAACGUCAUCAACAUCAAGAUGACGGAUGUCAAGAGGACACCCUCACCUCCUCUGAAGGAAGCCAGAGAUUCGCCAAGCCCGAUUUAUGCCAAACCUUACAUGAAAACGCCGUCUCCAGCGCCAUCCCCAAAGCCGUUUGCAGAUUCAACCUUGCAAAGCAACAAGUCGUACCAGAACGUGUCCUACUACAGGGAGCAGAAGAGCGACGAGUCACAUCGAAACCGUGCGCCCCUUGGCAGCAACUGGAAGUCAAGUCCUUCUCUCUACCACAAUAUUGACCGCGCGUCCCCAAGAACUAGAGGAGUUGACUCGUACCGCGAUGUCGAGAAUAGCUACAGGCCCGUUGAGAAGUCAUUCAUCGUGGAUAACAACAUCUUCACCAAGGAAGACCGCAAGCUCAAUGACAGCAGGAGGGUCGUCAGCGAAUACAGCAGGAAGACCGACUCUUCAUUCCAGGAAUCUGCAAAGCCUGCCCAGAGGCCCGUACAGAGGUCUCAGUCGAGCAGAGUGGUAGAAAAGCACGUGCAGUCCGGCGCUCCCUUGUGGAGUGCCUACACACUCCCUCGCGAUCCCGGGGCUCACAGAACCACCACCCGGAUCGAACGCUCCACCACCAAGACCAGCCGCGGCGUCCAGGCAGACCUCGAGGACGAACCAAUCGUGCCGAUGGCCCGCCACACCGUCCACGCCGUGCGCGAGACGCAGAGCUUGCCCAGGCACCGGCACACCCACGGCAGUCACCACCACCACCGGCACCGCACCCACGAGGAACACACCCAUUCGCGCCACAGGGACAAGAGCCCCGUCGAGUCCAAUUUUUCUACCGCGUCCCGCCCCUCCAAGACCUUCUACUUCGGCGACAAGACGGACACUAGCUACAACAGCCCCCGGCACAGGGACAACUACUUCAACACCAUCGAGAAGGACCGCUACGUCCAGCCGCCCAGGCGGUUCCGUUCGGACCGCGACCGCUACUACUCCGUGGAGGACCUGGCUACCCGGUCCUACUCGGCCACCCCAACGUCUAAGAAGCCCAGCUUCAUCGACAGGCAGCGCUACUUCCCGGCCACACCCCCGGUGAGUCCGCCACCGCGGCUGAUCAAGAUGACCAACGGGCGGUCGACGUCGCCUUCGCCUCCGGAGUCCCCCCGCCCCAGCGGCCUGCUGCUGCCGCCGCCGUCGCCCUACGCCUCACUGCAACGCCGCAGCGCGUCGCCCGUCGUCGACCUGCCCUCCUUUACGCCGCUCCAGAGUCCCGUGGAGAUCAAGCAGUCCCUGUCGAGCCGCUACACGACACGGCAGCGCCGUUCCGACACCCCGGUGGAGUACUACGGCUCAAGCAAGCCCGCCGGGGACAAGUCAGGCUACAAGAAGAGCAGCUCUGCUCAAGCUGGGGAUUGGGGGAGCCGUUAAAGGCCAGAACGCUUUCCGUUCCUAAGCUGCACACACAGAGGGGUCGCUCGGACGGGGCAUCUCAGGUCAGCAGAGAGGGAAGUAGGAAUGCUUUCCUGGUCGAGGGAUUGAAAAUGAGGGAUUGCAUGGGGAACCCUUAGAUCGGUAAGUUGCGAAACAAUGAAGCUCUCAAGCAUUCCAACUAAACGAAAAGAUCGUUUUCGAGGGAAGUUAUGCCAAGAGGUUAUGCCGGAGUGUAACAUUGUAAACGCUGAUGCAGCUCGAGUACAGGAAACCACCUUUAGUAACAUACAUUUGCUCGCCGAGGUUCGGCAUUGCGGUACUACCACUACAACAACCUAGGGUUCUGCAACUAGGCAGAGGAAUUCAACUGCAAUGCUACAAGCUGGUCAUGUUAGCGCUUCAUAUCUCAAGAUGUUUCGAGCUUGGUGAUCUAGAACUUGUAAACUCUGGUUUUAAAGAUGUAUGCCUGUUAAGGAGCGAGUGAGGCCUCAUGGUGUUGUGUCACGCGUCAAAACCUUGCGAGGCUCACCACCCCGCCAAGCAAUGCCUAAGGCAAACCAGUGUAGAAUAGGUCUAGAAUGUCAUAUAAAUUAUCCUAUAGUUGCCGACAGUUUAAGAAAUGUAGGGCUUAUAAUGUUCAUGCGUCUUGCUUUGUGAGGCGUUCUUAUCGGCCGCAGUUCCGUUGGUACCAGAGCUGUAACUAGGGGUGUCGCGAACCGGUCGAGGUUAGAGUUCGACCAAAUUCGACUUUUUCUAACUUCUGAAAAAUCGACAAAGGUUCGACUCAGGUUUGACUGCUAUGCGCAUGCACAACAGGCUGGCCAGUUGGCUUUGGAUUGAAUGGUGAUGGCUAAGGAAUAAAUUAAGGGCAGCACUGAUUGGUUAUUUCAGUUAAUACAGUACAAAAAAUUAAGUUAUGAACUUCGUCAGUGAUGAGAAUUAGUUUCUUUUAAUUGCAACUGUUCAUAAAAUUAAAAUAACCCUUUGCAUAAAAAAAAAUUUCUCCAAACCUAGACAUGCUUGUAGCAAGGUCUGGCCAUACUGUCCACAAAGUUGAACCGGUCAAAUCUGGCUAAAAGUUUAAAAGUUUGUCAAACCGGUUCAAAGCAGUCGAAAACCAAACAUUCUACCUAAAAAUCCGGUUCGACAAAAGCUUGCAACACCCCUAGCUGUAACGAGAUGGAUUUGCAAUGCCCUGGACGGACGGAUGCUAACGGCCAUUUAUAAAGGGCGGUAGCUUGCGCUACCUAGCCCAGCAUUUUUUAGCUGUCGAUGACUACUAUAGAGCAACAUAUUUUGUGUCAAACGGUUCGCUCUUUAAAAAUACACUGCCCAAGCUGUCGAGGAAACAAGAGAAGGACACCUUAAGGGUCCCUGAAAUCAAUUUCAAGGAGCAACAUGCGUCCCUUAGAGUACAUGUUGCUCAUGGAUCAAAGAACAAGCUCCCAAAAUAAGCAUACUACUUUGUUUUUUUUUCCCCAAUUAAGCCAGCCUGCUGUCGUCAUAUGAAUAUAUGGCAUGGUGACAAGUGCACGCACCACCGCGGGUCUAGAUAUGUUGUGUGCAAACGAAAGAACACAAAAAGCGAAACAAAAAACAAACGUACAGCAAAGACGAUAAUCCCUCAACCGGUUCUCCCUUUCCUCAAGAGUAAUCGAGCAGUGCGAUGUCAGCCAAGUGGCUUGGAAAGGCCCACGACUCGCCCUCGUCUUCGGCAGAUCAAACAUUCGCCUGUAAUAUCAUACAAUUUAACUUUUGCAUUUGCUAGUAAACUGGAUCUGUCUUUACAUCCUAUAGAUGCAUUUGCAAGUACGGCCUCUGGGCGCCGCCACCCUGCUGCUAGUGUGGGUAGAUCGUCCGAUAGUCAAGCAUCUCUGAAGUGUACCCGAGGUUUCCAGACUGGUGCCCAAGGCAUUUUCCAUUCACGGUGGCCAGACUAGCUCUCGAAGUGCGGCUGCUUGCAAACGUCUAUUCAAUACAAAGUUUGGGAAUUUCAUUUCUUGUUGCAUGUUAGCACUAUAUUCAUAGAAUAGUUUCUGUAGAUAUCUGGAAGCAGCCCAAACAUGACUGCCGGGUCCCUUUAACUAAUUGAACUUUCGCUCAAAUUUUAACUUGUUUCAGACCAACUGUUCAAUCAGUUCCUUUUUACUAGCCAAUAGAAUUUUACACCCUUUACAACCCAAAAAUAUUAUGUGGUUGGGACGUUUGUGGUGGAUCUUUGGGUUGAGCGUGCAUUUGUCAGUGCUUGGGGGCCUGUCCAAUUUUAGGACGUUUAAGACUAGAGAGAGGACCAACUUGCUGUGCACAAAACAGGCCCUUGGCACGCCAAAGUCAUACUGUUUUGCUCAGCGAUAAAAUGCAGAGAGGCUAUGACCAUAAGCUGCCGGCCUCUAAAUGCACCUGCUGCCUGCCCUUUAAAGCUAGCCCUGCCAAGAAAUGUGCAUCUUUUGCACAUUCUCUUAGUACAUCCCUCGUUUUAGACAGAAGGUCCCCACAUUUAAGUCCAGUCAACAUGUGGCCUAGACCUGUCAGCGAGUAUAGAGGUGAAUAAUGUAUAAAUGAACAACUCGCCGCAAACUGCAUUCGGGUUUCCACGACAUCACACGAGGGAAAUCUAACAAACUAAAUGAGGCGUCUGUUACGUCCUAACUUCAAUCGAGAAUGGUGUAUCCGGAUUUAGAUGGCUAGGAAGCGUCCGACCUUACGUGAUACUGCAUGAGUAGACACGAUCAGUAUCUCAAGACUCGUGGCAUCAGCCACACAGUGCCAAGCACUGGACAGUGUCGCACACGCGAAUGCGUAACAAAAGCAGGAUGAGACAUUUCUAAGGCAUUGAAAGCAGUGAAUUCAGAAAGAUACCUAGCUGCCCCAAGCUACGGUAGAUACCCGCCCCCUUGUGCAACGUGAAACUAAUGAUGUAAUGCUGUCAUGCGACAAGAGGCAGAGGAGGUGGUCAGACUCACCUCUACAAUGCCAUCGUCUGCGGAACUCGAUGCUAACCCAGGUGGCUUUUCUGGAUUGCCCUUUCUAGGGACGCGGCUUGAGCUUGGAAGUUCCGACCGGGUUACAGAGAGAAAUGUGAAUGCCGUGGCUGGAAGCCUUUCCGCGAGCCGUGUCGUUGCAGGCUCGCGUUGAGACAGAACAAAGAACGGACCGAUGUCUGAUGCAUGCACUUAGGGUAGCGACUGGUAUGUACUAAGUUAGGACUUCUUAACCGGAAAGUUGGCAGGUCAGAAGCCUUCGCUGGAGCGAUCCCGACUUGGAGCAGAUUGCACCCAGUGAGGGAUUCCACUUGUCACCUCUCCCCUCAUUGAAUGAAAGGUGCAUUAAAAGUAUGCCCCUGACAAGUCAAGAGUGUUUUGUAGAAUAAUUUCUCCUCAAGACCAAGUGCAUUUUGAAAGCAUGUUACGCAAAUGUUAGUGAAACAAAACCAGUGCCAUUGAGUUGAAAGGAUACUUAAGGUUGCAAAUAAAUAUGCCUGUACUAAUAAAAGAACCUUUGUCAAGAAUGUCUAGGUCAACUAGAAGCUCGCUUUAUUAACUGUGUUCCUGUACCAAACUGAAGAUUGAUAUACAAAGGUGCUGCAAAGUUCCUUUCAUUUGGUGUAUAUACUAAUGCAUGUAUUGGGUCAACAAAGUUGGCUAUAAAAGCUGACCCAUUUCUAUUUUUUGUCACAAUAAAAACAAAUGCAUUAUAUAGUGCGGCAAAUUAAAAUUA